GUCCUUCGUGACCUGGGCUGUGGCCCCUCUAGAGCAGGAUGUAUAUAAGCGAGGAGAAGAUGCCUUGAGGCAGACACAGGUCCUCCGCCGCGGCGCCAACAUCGUCCAGCGUCUGACACCCAUCUCCUUGCUGCCUACCUGAGAAGUGUACAAGGCCCUGAAGAUGGCGCCACCACUGUUCAUCCUGGUGCUGGCGUUGGUGGUGAUGGCAGCGGCGCCUCUCCUGGCCGAAGAUUUAGAUCAUUGUCUGGGGCUAUCAUCAUGCAUCCACGGCGGCCAGUUUGUCCCUCACGGCACCGUGUUGGCCAACCUUCCAGACAAGUGUAUGAGGAUUGUCUGCGACAAAGGCUCUGCUGUGCCCGAGUUUGUCGGCGAUGAGAAGGCUUCUGGCUGUUGUGAGUUCCGAGGGAACAUCUACCAGCCGGGCCUAGUAUAUCCUGCUGGCUGCGCCAAGAUGACUUGUGAGGGCGGCAACUGGAAGCCCACGGGAGAGAUUGAGACACAUUGUCCGCAGUGCGAGGUCUUCGACGACCCCCACUUCUGGAGCUACGACCGUCACAGGUUCGACUACCACGGAGACUGCAAAUACGCCAUCUCCCAGAAAGGGAACAGCAUUGAUCCUGAAUACGGCAUCUUCGCACAGUUCCAGCGCUGCUACAACAUGCCCUCUUGCGUCCAAAAGACCACCUUCAAAGACAACCCGGAGCUUCAGAUUGAGAUAGGAGAAUGGGGACUCGCUUCUCCAGGCAUUUUCAAGAUUCGUGCAAACGGUGAAGAGAUUGAGGUGCCAGCGGGUCCCUACGCCCAGAGGGUGACCGCCGGAGGAGUCAAGCACAAUGUCCUUGUCUGGCGCCAGGGAGAAUGUCUCAGGAUUCUGGGCUCUCAAGGUCUUGUGCUCCAGCACUGCAAGAUUCGCUUCGACGUGUGGGCCAACCCUAAUCUUCAUUCUGAGCUUCGCGGCUUGUGUGGUAUUCCGGACAAGAACACUGGCAACGACUUCACUACUAGGAACAACGUGCCGUACAACCCUACGCUCAACGCCCCUGCUGUGUUCGCCGAGUCCUGGAAGACACCGGACCAGACCAACCCCGCCUGCACAGCCGCCGGGAGACGCAGGAGAUCCAUCAACAAGGAGUCUCAAGCAGCGUUCAAACAAUGCCAGCAGGACAAUGUUUCAUGGAAGAGAAUGUUGGCACUGUGCCAGCAGACUGUUGGUGGGGCAAAAUCCAAUGGCCAGGGUGCCUCUGGGGAGCUCAGCCAGGUGCUUGUGGAUUCGUGCGCCUUUGACCUGUGUAUGAUCAGCAAAGGCUCGCCAGACCCGGAGAAGGACACUGAGAAGUGGCUGGGUGAGGUGAAGGUGAUGACUAAGGAGCGAGUCUUCAUUGAGACUAUGGUUGUGGAGUGUGACCGGGAGAAGGGUCAGUGUGAGGACCUGCCUAAGGAGGUCGUAACGACACCCAACCCCUGUACGAAUCCCAUCGACUUGAUCUUUAACCCGGGAUGUUUGGGACUGCAGCCAAUUCGGCACUUCUUCCACAAUUAAAACCACCACUUCUUCCUGCAGAGACGGAUGAGCUAUUGACGGACCACAUGGCGUCGGGAAGCUCGCAAGUGUGAAGACCGAAGAGAUGCUGUAAUAUUUAGAUACAAGCCCCUGUAAUAUUAGACCAAAGACCCGUAAGGUGCUGUAAUAUUGGGAUACAAGCCAAUUCAUUGCUGUAAUAUUAGGAUACAAGCCAAUAAGGUGCUGUAAUAAUUGGAUACAAGCCAAUUCAAUGCUGUAAUAUUAAGAUACAGACCCAUAAGGUGCUGUAAUAUUGGGAUACAAGCCAAUGGAAUGCUGUAAUAUUAAGAUACAGACCAAUAAGGUGCUGUAAUAUUGGGAUACAAGCCAAUGCAAUGCUGUAAUAUUAAGAUACAAACACAUGGGGUGCUGUAAUAUUAGGAAGGAGUCCAAAGAGGUAUUGUAAUAUUAGGAUACAAGCCCACAAGGUGGUGUAGUAUUAGGAUGCAAGUCCAUAAGAUGCUGUAAUAUUAGGAUACAGAUCUAUAAGGUACUGUACUAUUAGUAUAUAGACAUAUGAGUUACUGUAGUAUUAGUUUGCAGGCCCAUGGAGUGUUGAACUCUUAGAAUACAUGUUAAUGGGGUGAUGUGUAGUAAUGGUACAUAUCCCUCAUUAGUACAUAUAAUCAAGUGCAGCCUCCAGCCUGUGUGCUUCUGAAAAAGUACUGUUUAAGUGGCCUAACCUAACCUAACCUAACAUUAACUAACCUAAUCUAAAGUGUAAAUGCACAUGUCAGCAUCAUAUUAGCGGAGAGCGCAUUCAUGUUGCAAUUGUUUUCGUUAUAUAGUCAGCAAUUUAAUGUGAAAGUUUAAAUAUUUUUGUUCAAUAAAGUUAGAUAUUUACUCUUUAUAUCAGGCUGCAAGAUUCUGUCACCUAAUAAUGUUUAUAUACAGUUAUAAGUGAAGUUUCUCUUUCUGUAAAAUGCAAUUUGAAAA